AGUACAUCGUCAGCUUUCAUACGGGAAACAUCAAAUAUCACACUCUCACAUUGUAGACUCAACAAAACAAAUUUUUUUUUACAAAGCUCGUAAUUAUUUUGGAUUUAAACCCUGCUGGAAUUUAGACGUCUUGAAAUAUCAGUGUCGGAAAUUGUUCGUUUAACGUUCGCAUUCCACAAGGAACACAACAACCGCAAAACUAGCCAACGUAUAUUUUGAUUUUAAAUAUUGAACGGCGGAAUUAAUCAGCAUGUCGCCUCGUCCUAAGCGCCCGGUUUCGGCAUAUAUGUUGUGGCUGAACACACUGGGACGUCGCUGCAUCAAGCAGCGGUAUCCCCACUACAGCGUCACCCAGGUGGGCAGACGUGCGGGCAAGAUCUGGCGGCAGAUGAGGGAGGAGCAGAAAGACAACUGGAAGUCUAAAGCUUCUCUGGCAAUGCUCAGCUAUAAGAAGAAGUUGGAGGACUGGAAGUCUCAAUAGCGUCGUUAGGCAGAUGAUUAGUCGAAUUCCACUAUCAAAAUUCGAAGUCUCAGUUCAAUAAGCUCACGGGCUGGACUCACAGCUCAAAGCAAACACACACAAAUUAAUUCACGUUAAAUGCUUUGGAUAAUACUAUUUAAGUCGUUGGUGCAGAAAAAUGUUUAGCCUAAAAUAAAUAAUAAAUAAAUAAUUAA